AUGGCCGCCCGCCAACAACUCACCCCCGUCUUACGACGGUUGAGGCUACUAAAAAUAUCACCCCACACCGCUCGCCACACCGGGCUACAACGAACACUCACGCCCCCAGCCGCCCGCUACCUCAGCAGCACUGUACCGCGGCAUUUCCAGCCGACCGGCCCGGCGCCGGCAGCAGCACAGAGCAAGCUCACCAGCGAGACCUACCCGGACAUCAAGCGCGAUCCCCGGUUCGCGCAACUUACCGAGGCCCAUGUUGCCCACUUCCAGCAACUGCUCGGCACGUACUCAGCGGUCCUCGAUGGCGUCACGCGCAGUGACACCGCCGACGACAUCGAACCGUUCAACACCGACUGGAUGCGCAAGUAUCGCGGGCAGUGCCGGCUGGUGCUACGGCCCCGGACGACGGAGGAGGUCAGCCGGAUCCUCAAGUACUGCAAUGACAACAUGCUUGCGGUUGUCCCGCAGGGCGGCAACACUGGGUUAGUUGGCGGGUCCGUGCCGGUGUUUGAUGAGAUUGUCAUCAACAUGGCUCGUAUGGACAACAUUAUCGAGUUUGACGAGGUGAGCGGGACAUUGGUGGCUGAAGCCGGGUGUAUUCUUGAGGUGGUGGACCAAUUCUUGGCUACGGCGGGGUACAUCUUCCCGCUGGACUUGGGGGCUAAGGGAUCGUGCCAUAUUGGCGGCAAUGUUUCAACCAACGCCGGCGGUCUGCGACUGCUGCGGUACGGCAGCCUUCACGGGACGGUGUUGGGUAUUGAGGCGGUUCUUGCCGACGGCACCGUCGUGGACGAUCUCUGUAAACUCCGCAAGAACAACACGGGGUACGAUCUAAAGCAGUUGUUUAUCGGUGCCGAAGGCACCAUCGGCAUCAUCACCAAGGUGUCAAUCCAAUGCCCCCAGCGAUCACCGGCGCAAAACGUGGCCCUUUUCGGUCUGUCGUCGUUUGAGCAGGCUCAGCAGGCGUUCCGUGAGGCCAAGGGCCAGCUCUCUGAGAUCCUCUCGGCGUUCGAGCUGAUGGACGAUGGCAGCCAGGCGCUGGUGCGGCAAGUGACCGGCAACAAACGGCCGCUGGAGGACACCUACCCGUUUUACUGCUUGAUUGAGACAAGCGGGUCCAAUGCAGACCAUGACAGUGAGAAGCUGCAGGCCUUCCUCGAAGACGUCAUGGAAAAAGGCAUCGUGGCGGACGGCACGCUGGCGCAGGACGAGACGCAGAUCAAAUCGCUGUGGGCGUGGCGCGAGGGCAUCACUGAGGCGCUCAGCCAUCUGGGUGGCACGUACAAGUAUGACGUCUCGAUCCCGCUCAAGGAGCUGUACCAGUUGGUCGAGGACACGCGGGCGCGGGUUGACGAGGCGGGGUUGCUCGGCGACGAGGACGAGUUCCCGGUGCGCGCGGUGGUCGGGUACGGGCACAUGGGCGACGCCAACUUGCACCUGAACGUCUCGACGAGGCGGUUUGACGAGCGGGUUGAGAAGGUGCUCGAGCCGUUUGUGUAUGAGUGGAUCGCCAAGCGCCAGGGCAGCAUCAGCGCGGAACACGGGUUGGGGGUGAUGAAGAAAAAGUAUAUUGGGUACAGCCGGAACCCGACCAUGGUGGGGUUGAUGAAGAACAUCAAGACCACGUUUGAUCCGAACGGCAUCUUGAACCCCUACAAGUAUCUUUAG